GCCAGCCCCCCCAAGUCUUUGGAGCUGAGUGGGGCUGUGCUGUUCCUCAGCGCCGUCGCCCCUCACGCGCCCCGGAAGUUCCUCCAAGCCGACUCCUUCGGCCAGCGGCCCGUGAAGUCUCCCUCGACUCACCCUUUCUCUAGCGGCGUCUCCCAGCCCGCGCUUACCGGGAACCGGGCUGCCACGAGUAUGAGCGUGGGUUUCAUCGGUGCGGGCCAACUGGCCUGUGCGCUGGCGCGGGGUUUUACGGCUGCAGGCAUCCUGUCUGCUCACAAGAUAAUAGCCAGCUCUCCGGAAAUGGACCUGCCCACAGUGUCUGCGCUCAGGAAGAUGGGCGUGAACCUGACCCGAAGCAACAAAGAAACUGUGCGGCACAGUGAUGUCCUAUUCCUGGCCGUGAAGCCACACAUUAUCCCCUUCAUCUUGGAUGAGAUCGGGGCGGACGUGCAAGCCAGGCACAUCGUAGUCUCCUGUGCGGCUGGUGUCACCAUCAGCUCUGUGGAGAAGAAACUAAUGGCGUUCCAGCCAGCCCCCAAAGUGAUUCGCUGCAUGACAAAUACACCUGUGCUGGUGCGGGAGGGUGCCACUGUGUAUGCUACUGGCACCCAUGCCUUGGUGGAGGACGGGCAGCUCCUGGAACAGCUGAUGAGCAGCGUGGGCUUCUGUACAGAAGUGGAGGAAGACCUGAUUGAUGCCAUCACCGGGCUCAGUGGCAGUGGGCCUGCCUAUGCAUUCAUGGCUCUGGAUGCGCUGGCUGAUGGUGGGGUGAAGAUGGGUCUGCCACGGCGCCUUGCAGUCCGACUGGGGGCCCAGGCUCUGCUGGGAGCUGCCAAGAUGCUGUUGGAUUCGGAGGACCAUCCAGGUCAGCUCAAGGACAAUGUUUGCUCCCCUGGAGGAGCCACCAUUCACGCCCUGCACUUCCUAGAGAGCGGAGGCUUCCGCUCGCUACUCAUCAAUGCAGUUGAGGCUUCUUGUAUCCGUACACGGGAGCUGCAGUCCAUGGCUGACCAAGAAAAGAUCUCCCCAGCUGCCCUUAAGAAAACCUUGCUGGAUAGAGUGAAGAUGGAAUCCCCUACGGUGUCUACACUGGCCCCGUCCAGCCCAGGGAAGCUCCUUACGAGGAGCCUGGUCCCAGGAGGCAAGAAGGACUAAGGCACCUUCUGCCCCCUUGCUGUGACCCAGAGCCCUUGGGGAGCUCGCAGCUGCACAGGUGGGAGCACAUCCAGAUGUUUCAGGUGCUGAUGGUAGAAACUCAGAUUUCUUUAUACCAAGCAGCUCCAGUUUCUUCUUGGGGCCCAUGUAGGAAGAGGCUGUGAAAGAGGUGUUUGUCAUUGGAAGCCAGACACAACCUUGCACACUUUCCUUCUGGGGGCAGAGGGCCUGGUAGCUGAGUUAGCACCUGGCCUGGUCAGAAAGUCUGCUCCUUCAACUGGAGUCCAAGGCAAAUCAGAUUGACGCCAAAGCAAGGAGGUGAGAGAGAAAAAACAUGGAAGGAUUCUCUAAAUUGAUACAUGGAGAAGUGAGCAAUUAAGAAUUGUUUUCACUGGAAGUGUGUGGCAUUAGAUUAUGCUUGUCUUUGAUCCUUGUUUUGUGGAUGCAUCAUUUAGAAAGUGUUAUGUAGUGCUAAGUUUAGCUGCUUUAAUAAAAUUUAUUUUUUGCUUUUCUUA